AGUCGCCCGUGCCCCGCGCGCCCCAGCCCCGCAGCCCCGCCGCGAUGUGCGCCGCCCGCAUGCCGCCCCUGGCGCACGUCUUCCGAGGGACCUUCGUCCACUCCACCUGGACCUGCCCCAUGGAGGUGCUGCGAGACCACCUCCUGGGCGUGAGCGACAGCGGCACGAUAGUGUUUUUAGAAGAAGCGUCGCAACAAGAAAGACUGGCCAAAGAAUGGUCCUUCAAGCCAUGUGAGAUAAGAGAACUGAGCCACCAUGAGUUCUUCAUGCCUGGGCUGGUUGAUACACACAUCCAUGCCCCACAGUAUUCCUUUGCUGGCUGUAAUGUUGACCUGCCGCUUUUGGAGUGGUUAACCAAGUACACAUUUCCUACAGAACAAAGAUUUCAGAGCAUUGACUUCGCAGAAGAAGUAUACACAAGAGUCGUUAGGAGAACACUAAAGAAUGGAACGACCACAGCUUGUUACUUUGGAACAAUUCACACUGACUCAUCCCUGCUUCUUGCGGAAAUUACAGAUAAGUUUGGGCAGCGUGCAUUUGUGGGCAAAGUCUGCAUGGAUCUGAACAACAGUAUUCCAGAAUACAAGGAGACCACCGAGGAAUCAGUCAAGGAAACAGAAAGAUUUGUGUCAGAAAUGCUUCAAAGGAAUUAUUCUAGAGUGAAGCCUAUAGUCACUCCACGCUUUUCCCUUUCCUGCUCCGAAACAUUGAUGAGUGAACUUGGAAACAUAGCAAAGACCCGUGAUUUGCAUGUUCAGAGCCACAUAAGUGAAAAUCGUGAUGAAGUUGAAGCUGUGAAAAACUUAUAUCCCAGUUAUAAAAACUACACAGAUGUGUAUGAUAAAAACAAUCUUCUGACAAAUAAGACAGUGAUGGCACAUGGCUGCUACCUUUCUUCUGAAGAACUGAACAUCUUCAGAGAACGAGGAGCAUCAAUCUCCCAUUGUCCCAACUCUAACUUAUCGCUAAGCAGUGGCUUUCUCAAUGUGCUAGAAGUCCUGAAGCAUAAUGUGAAGAUCGGGCUGGGUACAGAUGUGGCUGGCGGCUACUCAUACUCCAUGCUUGAUGCAAUCAGAAGAGCGGUGAUGGUUUCUAAUAUCCUUUUGAUCAAUAAGGUAAAUGAGAAAAGUCUCACCCUCAAAGAAGUCUUCAGAUUAGCUACUCUGGGAGGCAGCCAAGCUUUAGGGCUAGACAAAGAGAUUGGAAAUUUCGAAGUGGGCAAGGAAUUUGAUGCUCUCCUGAUCAACCCCAAAGCUUCUGACUCUCCCAUUGACCUGUUCUAUGGAGAUUUUGUUGGUGAUAUUUCUGAGGCUGUUAUCCAGAAGUUCCUCUAUCUAGGAGAUGAUCGUAAUAUUGAGGAAGUUUAUGUGGGCGGAAAGCAGGUGGUCCCGUUCUCAAGCUCGGUGUAAAACCCUGGACAUCUUCAAGUUCUCCUGGGAUAAUGUGGUUCUGCAUUUCUCUUGUGCCCAGGCAGAGUUCGAAAGUCAAAAAAACAGUACCUUGUUCUUGGGGUGACAAUCUCUUUCUGUGUCUAGUUACAGUAUUCACUUGACAAAUCAUUUGAGGGAAGUUGCUCUAACAAUCGACUCUCUGGUUGGGAGGAUUCAAAAUCUCUCCCUUUUGAGCUAUUCAGAUUUACUUUAAGCUCAAACAUAAGGGACAUUUCUGGUGGUUUCUCAUAGAUUGAGGUAAGAUUGAUUUCAUAUUUAAAAAUGUGGAGAGAAAAGAUAUUGCUAUAAGGUUAGAUAUUUUGAUCUAAUAAUAGUAAAAAAUCAGAAAACGAAUAAACGAGUAUAUUUUUAUGAGGGAAGAAAAGUUCAGACUGUCAACUAAUGUGGAAAAUCACUUCAGAUUAUGUUGGUAAAUUACCUACUGAGCAAAAGAAUUAAGGAAAAAAGGAGAGAACUUGCUGAAUUUUAAAAUGUUCCAAGAUGAACCUUGUGUUCUGAAAGUUUGCACUUAAUGGAAUUUGCAUAUUAGAGCUGUGUUAUUGUUGUACUUUGCCUUCUUUGGGGAUGAAAUGUCAGAAAUUGAAUGCCACAUACUUCCUUAAUAUAGUUCUGUGCUUCAAAGUGUUUGACAGAAGUUGGGUAUUAAAGACUUAAAGUCUCUUAGGAAUAUUAUUCAUAUAACUACAUAGCAUAAAUAGUUGUAUUUUUGUGUACUUAAAAAAAACUCACUUCCUAACUGUGCUAUAUUAGUAGUGCUUCAGUUUUGUUAGAACCCAGAUGAAUGCUACCCCACUGUUGUGUAGACUGGAAUCUUCAGAAACUGAGGCAAACACUGGGCAUCCAGGGACUACCAGUAUG